AGAAUCCAUUGUGAGGAAAGGAGUUAAUCACUUGAGCGGCGUGUGCCGGUGUAAAAUGAGCACAUGUUGUACACCCCAUUCCCCGGGGGGCUUCCAAGGUCCCAUCUCCUGCCUUGCUGAAUUUACAUGUCAGUAAAGGAAGACCCACCCCUCAGAAUGGUACCCUCUUGGCGUGGUGAUGUGUUCACUGCAUGAUUGGUUCAUUCAGACACACACACUCAGACACACAAACACAGCUACGUGGUAUUUCCAGGACUGGAACGAUUGCAGCGCGUUAGUCUGCUAGAUGGAUGCUUUUCCGUGGCAAGGAUUAGAGAUCAUGGUUGGCAACAUCUGGGACCUUGUAUCUCCCAGGGCAGGGGUGAGGAAGAGAGGAUGGAAACAUUGACAAUACCGCCCUGGGGUCAAGAGUAUAACACCCAUUCCCAGUACCUCUUCAACAGCAUACGUUAAAGCUGCCAGGACAUCUAUUCUGCCCUCACCUAUGCCCAGAGACCAUGGGAAGUGUCAGCAGCUUCAUCUCAGGUCCCAGUCUCCACAGCAAGCACUGUCAGGCCACGGAAUACAAACUAAAGAAGGUAGGCCAUCCCCGGAAAACAGGCCGGAGCCUGGAUGGCCUACUAAAGUACAGCUUUGCUCAGGGGUCUUCUAACCACACCACAAAAGACAUCUCUCAGGCAGGCAGGAGUGAGGACUUAUUUUACUUAAAGGUGAGCCAGAAGUCGCGGAUGACUCACCGCAGAGGCGUACCAACAGAAGAUCGUGUAGGAGAGGGACAUUCUACUGAUAUGGAACCAGACAGUAGAGUGACACCUAAACUGCUACCUAUGUCUGGGAAACUGGAGAAGAAUAUGGACAAGGCUUUGAUCCGGCCCACAGCCUUCAAGCCAGUCAUCCCCAGGAGCACCUCUUCCACAGAGACUCACAACAACCUCACCCACCUCCUUAGUCCCCCAGAGAGGACCAGAGACUCUCAGGAGCCCAAACAGGACACAUUUUCAGGGACCCUCUCAGACUCUGGGCAGGAUUCAAUGUCCAGCCUGCCUACUCACAGCACCAGUGGGAGCCACAGUGCUUCCACAGGCCCAUUGACUCAGUGUGCAGGAGGCUCAGCCCAUGACAUGACCCAUCCCCAGCAGCCUCCCCUCUCUACAUGGACCAACGGGAAUGGCAUAAGUGCCAGUGCUAGGGUCGCAGCUCUAAGCAAUGGAGGGGCAGCGAAGGCUAACAGGGACACCGUCUCCCUCCCCUCACCUCAGCAGCCUAGCCCUCUCUUGGAGGAGAUGGGGGGCUGUAAUCGCUCACCCAUCUCCACAGACGAGUCCCUAAUUGAGCUGCUGGAGCAGAGGCUGCUGGAGAGUGAGACAGAGCUGCAGGAGCUACAGGUGAGCUUUGAGGAGAAAGAGGUGGACACGUGCCAGCUGUUUGAGGAGAAGCAGAGGUAUUGUGUUGAGGAGAUGGAGGGCCUGAAGCAGAGGUGCUCCACCAAGCUCAGGCAGGUCUCCCAGAGGGCUGUGAAGAACCACCAGGCCUUGCAGCUGAAGGUUAGCCAGCUGCAGCAGGACAACCAGAGGCUCCAGGACGAGCUGGUCCAGAUGACCCAGGAGAAGGACCUGAUAGAGGUCAAACUGAUGUCGUUUGAGAUGGAGAAGAACCAACUAGACCCCACCUUAGAGGAGACCCAGUGGGAGGUCUGCCAAAAGUCUGGGGAGAUCUCGCUUCUGAAGCAGCAACUCAGGGACUCCCAGGCUUGUGUCACUCACAAGCUGAAUGACAUUGUCAGCCUCAAGGCCUCGCUGAAGGAGAACCGGUCCAAAAUGGAGGCACUGGAAAAGCAGAACAAAUUGCAGGAGGAAAAGAUACGCUCUCGCAGUGUGGAUGUCGAGGUAUGCCACAAUGAGCUCCAUCGCAAGAAGAACGAGGCUGAUCUACUAAGAGGAAAGGUGGACAUACUGGAGACAGACAUCAAUGAAAUGAAAAAGGACCUGGCCCUGGCAAAAGAACAGAGGCAGCAGCAAAAGGCCAAACUGGAGGCCCAGGCCCAGGAGAGGUCAGACCAGAGUGGGGGCACUGGAGGGAGCAUGAGCACUGACUCCCUCCAGAGAGAGGUGAAGAAACUGAAAGUGGAGCUCAGGGAAGAGAGAGAAACUCAGGAGAGGCUGUCGAACAGCUUUGAGCAUGAGAGACAGACGUGGAACAGGGAGAAGGACAGAGUCAUCAAGUACCAGAAGCAGCUUCAGCUCAACUAUCUGCAGAUGCACAAGAAGAACCAAGACCUGAAGAGGAUCCUGCAGGAGCUCACAGCAGAGCUGGAGAGUCGACCGGAGUUUGACGUGGACAUCCACAGCUCAGGGUUACACUAUGAGGAUAUUAUCGCCACAGAAAUGUGAGGGAAAAACCCACAGAGAAUAGUAAUAACGAUGCUCAAAUGUUCUAACAUGGUUAUUAAACAGUCAUAUGAAACACAUAAUUUGUUAUAUCUGGCCAAAACACAGAUGAGCUAUUGCUGCCUUGGCAGGGGCAGCAUUUUAGUGAUAAUCAAGUUGGCUAACAUACUGCUGCAGGAUAUGAUAGAAUUGCGGUCAGGUUUGGAUAUUUUUUUAUAAAAAUCCUUAAUUCUCUGUGACUGUGUAAAGCAGGCUUUAAAGGGCACAUCCGGAGUUCAAACAAUAACAAAUAACAAAACAGCUGAUGGGAUGGGGCUUGAGAACUAUAACUACACUCAAAUUCAUAGACAGAGCUAUGGAUGCAAUGACUGAUCAUCCAUGAGAUCAAAAUUAUAGAUUAAACUGUGUUUUGAAGCUAUACAGUGUUUGCUUACAUUGGCUUUGUAUACAAACAUUUUAGGUUCUGAUGAGGUAAGAGAGUUGAACUAUGCUUUUUAAGCAUUUAUGAGUUGUAUUAUUUAAGAUUCAAUGACUAUAUCAUGAAUUUAGUCCUAAAAUUGAUGUAGCAACUCCAGAUGGCCCUUUAAGCUUUUGUUAUCCAUAAGUGUGGUUUCCCGGAAACGGAUAAAAAAUAUUUUUCGAUGAACAUUCUCCAUUGAGCCUGCUUUUUAGUCCAGGACUAGGCUUAAUCUGUGUCCAGGAAACCACCCCAUAAUGAAACCACCUCAUAAUGUUCAAUUGACAGUAGCCUAGAAAGCCUACGAAAUGGUUAUUCCUCUUGAGAAGUUUCCCAGCAUUGUAGUGAAUUUGGGCAUUCUUUCUGCAUGUGUCAAGUCCUACAUAAGAUGUUGUAAGUCUCCACAACAACCACUGAGACACAGCAAUAUGAUGUGAUGUGUUUUUAUUUAACCUUUUUGAUCACAAUCACCACUGUGGCCAGAGAUAUUGCAGAGAGAAUGAGGCAAGAGGCUGCCCUCGUCAGCGCCAACACAGAUACUGGCCUCUGCACAUGUGUAUGGGAGUUCACAUAUCUCUCCUGCAACAUAAUACAGUCGCUGCAUGGCAACAAAUGCGGAGGCGUGCAGCCUCUCGCUUCACACAGUCUUUGUUUUAGUUGGAAGUCGCCUGCUCUGUGUGGUAACCAUAUACUGUAGCCGUGUCUACCUUUAAGUGUCAAAGCACUGGGUGUACUGUGUAUUUUGUGAAUUAUCAUUCAUAUUAUUUAUUGAUAUAAAGGAUACAAAAGUUGUAGUGAUUAGUGUUGAAAGGAACUAAUUAAACUGAGAUGAUAAAGAAGGUAUAUCGAUGCACUUCCAUUUUAAGAGUGGUUAGAACAUGAUUGUCAAAGUGCAUCCCACACUACACUGAGAAUGUCUCACUUGUAAUGAUAUCUCAAAGAUGUAAAACUUAGCUUUGGAGCUGAUCACUUGAAAACAAAUAACGUCUGAGAAUAUCUAACAUGUACUGUAUCUAUUGGCAUAUUUAUGAUACAUACACAGAGACAUGUUUUUAAAAUCUGACAUUAAAUGAUGUAUACGUACACAGUGUGGUUUUUCAUAACAUCUCUAUCACUGUAAAAUGAUUUGGCUACUUGAUAUAUUAAACGUUUUCUCUUCCUCA